GACAAAAAGUGAUGAUGAUGAAUACAUUGGAAAGUUUUUUGGCCCUGACGAGGGUGUCAGAUUGAAUGGCCUGUGCGCAUGUGCGAAGGUGUCCAAACUGACAAUGCUUGUGAGAUGAAGAUAGUGUUGUUGCUGCUUCUGAGCUCAAGGAGGACGAGAGGAAUCUACAACCCGACAAGAUGAGAUCCAAGGCGAGGGCGAGAAAACUAGCCAAAAAUGACAGUGAGACAGUAGAUGGCAUGUACGACACGGAGCUCGCAGCGGCGGCUGCCGAGAGUGCAGAGGAGGAGACGGAAGACAGCAUCAUGUCGCCGAUCGCCGUGGGACCCGCCUCUCCGCAGCCCCACAAUGAGGACUUCACCCCGAAAGAGGGCUCGCCCUACGAGGUGCCAGUCUACAUUCCCGACGACAUUCCCAUCCCUGCCAACCUGGAACUGCGGGAGUCCUCCGUGCCGGGCGCCGGACUCGGAAUCUGGGCCAAGACCAAAAUCGGGAUGGGCGAACGUUUCGGACCGUACAACGGACUGCAGAGCGCCACAGUUAAAGAGACCACUUACGACUGGGAGCAGAUGCUGAAUGAUCAGGAAGCCUUGUCCCAAGACAGCUGCAUCAAGAAGGUGGUGGAUGAUAUGGGCAAUGUGAAGUUCUGCCUGGACGGGGCAGUGGAGGCCAGCGGGAGCUGGCUGAAGUACGUCCGCACAGCGCCCUGCUACGAGGAGCAGAACCUGGCCGUGUGUCACCUCAGCGAGCACCAGAUUUAUUAUAAAGCUAUUAGAGAUAUUGAUAUAGGGGAGGAGUUACUGGUUUAUAUGAAGGACGGAGUGUUCCCCGAGGGCUCUAUGGCACCGAACCUGGAAGACGAGCAGAUGUACCGCUGUGAAGAUUGUGACGAGCUCUUCUCAUCCAAGCCGGAGCUCCGGCGGCACCAGAAGUACUCCUGCAGCAGCGGCAACUCCAUCUUCGACACGCUAAGCGAAGACCUCAAACAGGAGCGCGAGGACAGCGAUGAGCCCGUGUAUGAGUGCAAAGACUGUGAGAAGAUCUUCCCCAGCGAGUACAGUCUGGGCCAGCAUAUGGUCGUGCACACGGAGGAGAGAGAAUACAAGUGUGACCAGUGUCCCAAAGCCUUCAACUGGAAGUCCAAUCUUAUUCGUCAUCAGAUGUCACAUGAUAGUGGCAAGCGCUUCGAGUGUGAAAACUGUGAUAAGGUGUUCACGGACCCCAGCAACCUGCAGCGCCACAUCCGCUCACAGCACGUUGGUGCCCGUGCCCACACCUGCCCCGAGUGUGGCAAGACCUUUGCUACAUCCUCAGGCCUGAAGCAGCACAAGCACAUCCACAGCAGUGUGAAGCCUUUUAUGUGCUUGUCUAUGGUCCAGGCACAUUUGACAUGUAAAGGCAUGUGUGUUCUCCCAGGUGAGGUGUGUCACAAGUCCUAUACCCAGUUUUCCAACCUGUGCCGCCACAAGCGAAUGCAUGCAGACUGCCGCACCCAGAUCAAGUGCAAGGACUGUGGACAAAUGUUCAGCACUACCUCCUCCCUCAACAAGCACCGGCGCUUCUGUGAGGGCAAGAACCAUUACAGCCCCGGAGGCAUGUUCACGCCGGGCAUCCCAAUGUCCUCCAGCCCCAUCAUGAGCAAGCCCAAGCCCCACCCCGGCCUGAACCACAGUGGGCUCGGCUUCGGGGAUUACUUCCCCUCUCGGCCCCACCACCCUGGCCUGCCCUUCUCCACUGCCCCCCCUGCGUUCCCGUCCCUUUCUCAUGGCUUCCCAGGGAUCUUUCCCCCUUCACUAUACCCUAGGCCUCCAUUGUUACCCCCUAGCCCAUUACUAAAGAGCCCACUGAGUAAUAGUCAGGAUGGGAAGCUCCCUCAUGGCCCCGUGGAUGCCCCUGCUCUCUCGGUGGUCACAUCUAUAAGCAACACCAAUGGUAAUGCUGGGAGUGGCCUUAGUAGCCAGUCGGAGGAGAUCCGUGAGUCCAAGCGGGACCUGUCCUUCGCAGACGGCAAGGGCAAGGUGAAAAUGAGCGACGUGUCUGAUGGCAGCGACCUGGAGGACGUGAACACCACCAGCGGCACCGACCUAGACACCACCACUGGCACGGUGUCCGGCUCUGACCUGGACAGCGAGGUGGAGAGCGAACGUGAGAAGAGUCGGAGGAAGUCUGGGCAGGAGGAGGGCAAGCCGGAGGAGGUCAGUGGCAGCUUUGUCUCUGUGUCCCGUUCAGCCGACCUCCCCCACGACCGCCCUUUCCUCUCCUCCCGGCACUCCUUCUUCCCGCCACCCGAUGAACAGGCGCUCCCGCCUGCCAGUGCGGCAACUGACUCUAUCAAAGCCAUCGCUUCCAUUGCAGAGAAGUACUUUGGGCCUGGCUUCAUGGGCCUGCAAGAGAAGAAAAUGGGCUCCUUACCCUACCAUUCCAUGUUCCCCUUUCAGUUCUUGCCCAACUUCCCACAUUCCUUGUACCCUUUCACGGACAGAGCCCUCAACCCCAACAUGUUCUUAAAGCCAGAGCCCAAAUCACCCCGUGAGCACAUACAGAAAAUGGCUGCCACUACCGCUGUAGAGUCACCCUUCGACCUCACCACGAAGCCCAAAGAGGCCAAGCCUCCGCUUCCGCCCUCCAGCAAGCCUCCCAUGCCUUCCAGCACGCUUCUACCGAGCGGUGAGGAGCAGCCGCUGGAUCUGAGCAUGGGCAGCCGGAGCAGGGCCAGCCAGAAUGGUGGGACCCCCGACCAGCGCAAGAACCAUGUCUACAGCGCCGGCUGCAAGAUGCCGGCUAAGGAAGAGCACCUGCUGCAGAUCCAGUCUCAGAAUCUCCACCCGCCCCAGAUGCCCCAGCAGCAGGCGUCCCUUCCUCAGCCUCCUCCUCCUCCUCCUCAGCAACAGCCAUCCCUCCACUACGCCAAGCCCUCGCCCUUCUUCAUGGACCCCAUCUACAGCAGGGUGGAGAAGAGGAAGCUGAUCGAUCCUGUCGGAGCACUGAAGGAGAAGUACCUGAGACCUUCGCCGCUGCUUUUUCAUCCUCAGGUGUCUGCUAUGGAGAACAUGACGGAGAAGCUGGAGAGCUUCAGCGCUUUGAAACUGGAUGCCCCCAACUCCUUACAGCACUCCUCACACCACCUUUUCAACUUCCGCUCUCCUCCACCCUCCCUAUCUGACGCCAUCCUACGCAAAGGCAAAGAACGCUAUGCUUGCAGGUACUGUGGGAAAAUCUUUCCCAGGUCGGCUAAUCUUACCAGGCACUUACGAACACACACGGGAGAGCAACCCUACAGAUGUAAAUACUGUGACCGUUCCUUCAGCAUCUCAUCUAACCUCCAGCGACAUGUUCGUAACAUCCAUAACAAGGAGAAGCCCUUCAAGUGCCAUCUGUGUAACCGCUGCUUCGGUCAGCAGACCAACCUGGACCGCCACUUAAAGAAACACGAACAUGAGAAUAUUCCAGUGAGUCAGCACUCUGGGAUCCUCUCGAAUUUGGGAACAAAUAUCUCCUCUCCGAACUCCGAGCCCGACAAUCAUGCACUUUUAGAUGAGAAGGAGGACUCAUAUUUCUCAGAGAUUAGAAACUUCAUCUCCAACAACGAGCUGAACCAGGCCUGCAGCUCCUCAGAGAAAAGGGCGGAGCUGACCGAGGAGGAGCAUCCCGAGAACCACGCCAUCCCUGGCUCCAAGCUGGAGGAGGAGGAGGAGGAGGCGGAGGGAGACGACGAAGACGAGGAGGGCUCGCUGACAGAGAAGUCGCAGGACGAGGCGGCGUCCCCAACUGCCAUGGCGCAAGGAACCUACGAAGACGAGGAGGAGACGCCACCACUCUCCAUGUCCUACGAGCACCCGCGCAGGUGUAUUGAGGAGGACGCAGGCCUGUUAGAUCUGGAGCCUCUACCAGGCUUCCCCAAAGGCCUGGAACUCCAUAAACCUGCCGACGAGCCCUUUGAUGUUAAAGACAUUUUUAACACCUCCUUAGAGUCUGAGGCUCUGAAAGAGACUCUGUUGAGGCAGGCUAAGACCCAGGCUUAUGCAAUGAUGCUCUCUCUGUCAGAGAACAACCCCCUGCACACGUCCUCCCAGAACUCGCUGGACGCCUGGCUGAACAUGGGGGGAGGCCCUUCUGAAACCAGCUCCUUUCACCCACUCAACCACAUCUAAGCCCAGAGAGCAAGGAGACAGAGAGGGGGUCGGAAAGAGGGUUUGAGGGAGAGAGAGAGAGAGAGAGAGAGAGAGACUGAGAGAGGGAGUGAGAGAGAGAAAGGGAUCGGUAUAGACCGAUAUGAAGGAGAGUCAUGGCUCACAAAAGUUCAUGAGGACCAGCGAGGCUCACAGGUAGAUGUUCCACCACGGCAACACGGCCAACGGGGUGUAGGAAGGAGCCUAGCUGCCUGCACUCUUCGCUGCACCAGCAGAGCCGUCCAGGUCUCCUUUCCGCUGCAGAGAAGGACGAAAGACUGACCAGACCACUCCUGACCAUUCAGUACAUUCUCCAGGGUGACCGCCACCUCAAGCUUCAAUCCAAACAACUCUGCUUGCAAUGUUCUCCUUCACAGCUCACUCUUAAGAUCCCCCGUGACUUUACAAAUCACUCCGCUCACAUAAUUUCCCACUACCACAUGACACGCUUAUGAAAGUGAUACCUUGCAUGGACAUUGUUGAUCUGGAGGUACAAAGGAGGGAAAGGGGAACAGAGGUAUUUCUACAUGUACACCAAUGCAUUCAUGUUUCCAAAGAAUCGAGUGGAACGCGAGGGUAUGCAGGGGGUAGAUCUGACCACAAGGGGGCGCAUCGCCUCUUCAAGACAGGGUGUCUCCGAGGUGAACGGGAAUUAUGUUUUGCAUUCUGUCCUUUAAAAUGUCUAAACCUAGAACUGGAGAACCGAUUUUAAAAAGCUGUUUUAAAUAUGGAUAUUUCACAUGAAACAAAACGAAAGUUCAACGGAGCUGAGAGAGUAGUAGAAGUCCGUUGGAUUGUGACGAUUUACGGUCGUCACUCCCUUUAUGACGACAGCGAGAUGGGGAUUCCUGAUUAUGACGAUCGCUUUCGGAACGGUAAAACCGUUGCAAUUCAACCGCUCAGCUCAGUGCACAGCCUUCUCACAGUUUUGACCAUGCUCGUCGUUUCAGCUGUACACACAGGGGCCUCCUGUUUGAAUUGCGAGUUUGUUUUACGGAUUAAAUUAUUCUUCUUUGGAGGCGUUCGGAGUAUCCGCCCCACUUCACGCGUUCAGUACGGUUUUCCUCGGUUUGUACGUGAUUUGUUCUUCGACAAACAGUAUUGUUUCCUUUCAAGCGCUUCUGUGCUUAAAUGUUAAUAUAAUUAUUUAGUGAAGGACCAAAUUUGUACGAUAUUGUUGUAUGAUGUACAAAAUAAUUUGAAAGUUCGUAGCAAAGAGUGUUGUGUGCCAAAUAACCCUUUUUUUCUGGGACAAUCAUUUCUUUCUUUUCCCCGGUGGUUACUGCCGCUGUUUUAGUAGUGUUUUCUUUCUCAUAUUGCCUACUCACUCUAUAUAUUUGAGUUUUUGUUCUCUAUUUAUUUUAGUCUAUUCAUCAUUAUUGGAAGAAAAUGGCUCUACAAAAAAAGGUUUUACCCACUGUAUUUUCCUGAAGGAUUUAAAUCUCAGAAAUUUUAUCGAGAUUCUCUCAACACUCUGAAGGGUAUUGUAUAGAGACCGGUGUGCCAAAUUUUGAACUAAAAAAAGAGAAUGAGCUGUUUUAUUUAUGAUAUCUUAGUCUUGGCACCAGUCUGUUUGUGUCCAUUGUGAGGUUUGUUUUGUCUUUCGUUCGCACAACCAUUUCAAACUGUAUGUGAAGUGUUUGAUGUUGAACAAAUGGUUGAAACUUUUGAAACUGAAUCUUUUAAUUAAAGCAUCAGAUAACUCGAAUAGUGGGGCAUUAUAUUUUUACUGUUACAGUCAGUAAUACUGUCAGUUUUUACUCCACCAACAGACAGACCCUGUGACACUCAGAAAGUCUGAUCCCUUGUGUGUCGUGUUUGACACUGCAUGUCCCUGUAGUUAAAGAAGUUUAACGAACCCCAUUUUGCGAUGGGUCCCAGAAACCAUCCAACGAGUCGCUAGUGUUCACUGGGCACAUAGGAUUGAAGUGGAAGCCUUAAAGCAACUGUACAGUGUCAUUUCCACGUGUAAUCAUGUUUUUUGAGAUUUAAGGAGCUGCUACUCGUUGAAGGGGCUGGGAUGGGAUCAAAUGAGCUGUGAGUGGCUAGCGUCGCCGCGGAUAGGCGAGCGCAGCUCUGUCUGAAUACGCACGCUACCGUAGCACCGGGACUCCGGCGUGCUGGCGCAGCUCCACUGAACUGUGAAUCCAGCGCAUGAAUCGUACAAAUAAAGGAAAUGACUAAACACAAACUCAUGAUGAAUGUGUAGUGUAGAUUUAACGUGUCGUUAGUGUAUCAAACGUCAUCAGACCAAUACCAUUUUUUUCAGUCAUUUUGGGAUCCAGGUGGAAUUGCAUCUAGUAUUACCGCUUCUCUCGUCUUUUCCUUUCGCUUACUCUCUUUGCAUAUGGUCCAUGGCUCACUCUAUACAAAAUACAAAAUAGCACUUAAAUACAGGGUACGCGAGUCAACGAGUUGCAGAGGUAGUUCUGGUCUUCUCGUGCGUGCUCUGUCGCCUUAGUACAGGUUUUAAUACGAUUCUCCAAAUAAGGCUGCGUGGUUUUAACAAGCACUUUAACCCAAAAUGCAAGACAGUACACUGUGUGCAACCAUGUUGCACAACAGAUGAUGACAUUAUAAACAGCAUCGUCAUAAGUACACAUAUAUACCACAGGAAAGAUACUUUAGCACCCUACAUGGAGAGAAUUCAGCCUAAAACGUCAACCCUCCAGCACUAUAACAGUAAUUUGCCACUAGAUGGCGCCUCUGACUCACUUUGCCACAUUCUGAUUUUCAGUAGCUUGUCCUCACUGUACAAUGCAUGAGAGAUCAGAAGCGCUCCAUAUUUAAAUAGCGUUGCUGGAGAUGUUUAAAAAUACUGCAUAAGGGGAGGUUCAUGUCACAAACUACUGUUAUAAGCAAGGAUCCACGUGUUGGGAAGAUUUUAAAAAACACAUACAACGAAUGGUCGCAAACUGAACUAUGGACAUUAUUACUUUGCCCACUGUUACAAUACAAAACAAAUGUAAAACCAUAGGUAAUUAUGGUUCUUCUAAAGCUGUAUAGUAUUUCAAAAAAAAUAAUGUUGCAUUUGUCUGAAAAUUCAUUUAAAACAUGGGUUUGAAAAUAGAAAUAGAUGGUGCUUGUUUCAUUUGGGUCUGAGUUGUAUAUCGCUUCUGUUCUGUUUAUUAAAAAAGACAAAAACAAACAAAAAACAAAACAAAAUCUAUUGUGCAUGACUUGUGUUUUAGCGGUCAUAAUGGUGUCAUUUUGUGAAAUGUGUAUCUUAAAUUAAAAAGAAAAAAGGUAAUAAAAAUACUGAAUUUGUAGAUGCACUUAUUGUACAUGUGGUUAGGUUAGUAGGUUUGACUUUCAGUCCUGUUAACUGCCUUACAUGCAAUGGGCAGGUGGUUAUUGAAUUACACAAUAUGCUUGUGGGAGAGAAAUGAUGAAAAAUAAAAAGGAUUGUAGAAUAAUAAUGAACAUUCGGAACCUGCAGUUCCUUUUUGAUGCUUGUGAUUACUGAAGAUGUACUUUAGAGAAAUUUCAUGGAAAAGACAUGAUUCUGAUCUUAAUUCUGUAGAAUAGAUAUGUAUACCAAAUGUAAUCUUUCCAAUGCUAUGAAGAAUUUAUACAUGAAAUUGAUAUGCAAUAAAAACCUGUGUGCUUUUUA